AUGGAGACUUUCAUGAACCUGAUGAAUACAAUCUUCCAGCCAUACCUGGAUCAGUUUGUGGUGGUAUUCAUUGAUGAUAUCUUGGAUAGAAAUGUUAUUGCAUAUGCUUCAUGCCAGCUCAAGCCACAUGAGAGGAAUUAUCCUACUCAUUAUCUGGAACUUCCUACCAUUGUUUUUGCAUUAAAGAUCUGGAGACAUUAUUUGUAUGGAGAGAAGUGGAAAGCUAGUGCAAUGGCUGAUGCGUUAAGCUGCAAAUCAAUAGCCAGAUUGAAGCUUACUCCAUUGCAGAUAGUGCAUGAUUUGAGAACAAUGCACGCCCAACUUUUGUUUGAUACGGAUGGGUGUAUCCAGGCAAAUCUGCAAGUCAAACCAUUAUUGACCAAGCAGAUUAAGGAAGCAGCACAAAACGAUAGGGGAUAUGCAAGGCUAGUUGAAAAAGUCAAGCAAGGUGAGAAACCUGGAUUCACUAUUAGCCAGGAUGGAAUGUUAAUGUUUCAAGGUCAAAUGUGUGUACCAGAUAAUAUUGAGUUGAAAUAA